UCUCCCUGAGCAACGGAGAGGGGCUGCGUUCUGCUCAUCGUCGGCUGCCUGUUCUUCUCCAUUCCCAACCAUCCGCACCCAUACAUCGAUCCAAGUUGAAGCUUUGCAGCAGCUUUAUCGGUACAUUUUCUUGUGUUCUAUUUCCCGUACCUCCUUCUAUUGCCAAUAGAAUACAAGGUCCUCCCCAUGAUCCUUCACACCGCACUUCUGCUGGGUGCCCUUGUGACCCUAGCUCAAUCCAAAGCCGUUGUCACCAACAAUUGCAAGUACGACGUCUACGCUUGGUCCAUACCGAACAACAAGGGCUACGCUCUCAACCGGAUCAUAACCAGCCACGGCGGCCAGUAUUCUGAACCCUUUCAUAAAGGAACGAGGCGCGACCCCGGCAUUACGAUCAAGCUCUCUCCCGAGCCCAAUGGCAUUUACCAUGGUAAAGACGAGCUCGACUUUGCCUACGCCAUCGAUAAGUUGGAUCCAUCCUUUGUGUGGGUCGACUUGAACAAUGCACGAGGCGACCCUUUUGCCGGCAAUGUCACGUUUUACACCUGCUUCGGAGCAUACGUCACCCCACAAGUCCCAGCCCGUAAAUGCACCAUAUAUGAUCAAAUCGAACUGGUCCUCUGUGGCGGCGCACGCCAGACCUCAGAAGUGGAUCCUGAGCCCGAGUCAAUACCACGACAUGCUGGUCCCAUUACUGGACACCGACUCAACGACACUUCCUUCCCCGUUGCACCGAAACCCCAUAAACAGCUGUGGAACAAAACACACUCGGUGGAAGAAAGACAAGAAAAGACGCAACAAUCGCGACCCGCACAUCCCCCUGACACGGACCAGCUAGAGUGUGGGUGCGCCUGGUACGAUGACGGAUACAAGUGCGAUUGCGAACACAGCACAAAGGCGCACACAUGCAUCACGACGGGAGCAUUUCGAUACUGCUACAGCAACGAAGUAGCGAAGAAAACUGGCAAUCCCAAAGCCUUCGCCGACAAGUACGCUAAACCAUUACUUCAGACCAUGUGGACUUACGCCUGCGAAAUUGCCGAGAUACACCACUGGGACUGCAACGAGUUCAAGUCCGCCCUCAAGGAUGCGUUCCCAGAAAUUGGCAAGACUCACUCUGCGAUCGAACAAGGCAAGGUUAUCAUGUCACUUCCCUCCAGGCGUAACCAUGCCGAGCGGAAGCGUGCCGGAGACGACGCCCAGAUUUGCCUGAACCUGGAAAGCCUCUUUCGGCAUGAAUUCGACACUUUCGAUUGCAAUGAGAUCUACAAGGACAUCAAGAUCAAGUACGGGAAUCAAAGGGUCUAUCUCGGCAGGAAGAAGAUGGAUUAUGCGCCAGGCUACAACUCCUCGGACAUGCUUGCUGAGUUUGAGAGGAAGUAUCCAGACAUCAACUGGACCAGUGAUGAAGAGCUGGAGUCAUUGAAGAAGGCCCACAAUGGGACGACUACUGCAAUGGCAGGUGGAAACGCCAAAUCAACGGCGAGAGGAACCUGAAGAACCACGGAAUGGGGGUGAGGACUGUGGGCGUUUUUGAGGCGUCCGCUGGGCGCAUGAAAAAGUGGCGUGUCUGUGCUUGUUGCAUCCAUUGAUAGACUGUUAUAGAGGUACUACUAAAACAUCGUCCUUUCUUCGCUUCUCG